GAUGCUCAUCCAAAUAGAAGUGCAAUUGAUAUUCCUACAAAUGCAAGUUUAAGUGAUACUCAUCCAAAUAGAAGUGCAAUUGAUAUUCCUACAAAUGCAAGUAUAAGUGAUACUCAACCAAAUAUGAUUGCAAGUAAUAAUUCUCCAAUUGAAAUGCCACCAAAUACGAGUGCAAGUGAUAAAGAUGUGAUAAAACCAAAACCUAUCUCAGAAGAGGAAAUUAUUGAUGUAUUGACUGAAACAACUAUGGAUACAGAUGUAAUCAAAAAUGAUUCAAAAACUGCAUUUGAAUAUGCAUUUGUUGAAGAAAAUGAAGAGAAACUUGAAGCAUUUAAAGACAUUAAUGCUGAUAUCAAAUAUCAAAAACUUAAAUCUGGAUUUAAAAGUAGAAGUGGCAGGCAAAUUAAACUUCCCUUGAAAUACAGGACAAGUGUUGGCAAUAAAAACAAAUCAAAUUAUUCUAAAAUGAGUGCUGUUAGUUAUGACUCUUUGAUUAACAUUGCUGAAGAUGUGGAGAGCAUUGUCUGUGAUGUAAAGGGCCCUGGAACAAAUGAGCCUCAUGCAGAUUGUCCAAGCGUUCAGGAGCCUUUUGCAACAGGUAAAAGUGGGCUCAAGAGAGAUUCCCAAGAAUGUCCAAAAUGCCAUAAACAGUUCAUCAAUGCAAAGAGGGAAUAUCACAACCAUUGCAAACAUUGUCCUUCUGAUUCAAAGAACAUACCAGCUAGAAAGGAAUAUACAUGUACUAAGUGUGACUCGAAAUUUAAAUACCAACUAUCUUACAAAAAACACAUUCAAAAUUGCACCAGCACAGAGAGUACAGAUACACCACUUAACAAUGAUUCACCAACAACCUUAUAUGUCAGAAAGAAGCCAAAGUUCAAGAAAUAUGGAUGUGACCUAUGCAGUUAUAGUAGUUACAAAAGAAGGGGUCUCUCCAAUCACAAGUUCAACAAACAUGCUAUUCCUUAUCCAGAACAUUAUGAGAUCUAUAGCUGUCAGCAUUCAGGGUGUGACUUUAUAACAGCAGAGAAGACCCGUAUCAGCACACACAUGAAGAAGCACAGUAAUGACAAAGAAUAUGCAUGUGAGGUUUGUGGCUCCCGAUUUAAACAUGCCAGUUCCCUUGUCACCCACCAGUUGAUCCACAGUGACCAGCGUCCAUACACCUGUUCAUGGGAUGAUUGUACUGGAGCAUUUAGAACCAAAGGGGCUCUUGAGAACCAUUACAAAAGUGUUCAUUUGAAUGAGAGACCAAAGCGAUUUCUGUGCACAGAGUGUGGGAAAAGUUACAGAACGAGGAGGGAAUGGAACUACCAUAUGUACAAGCAUCAUGCUCAGCCACUACCUGAUUCAUAUAAAAGAUACUUCUGUGAACUUUGUGAUUACUGGACAGAAGUGAAGAGAAAUUAUGAGGUCCAUCUACUACGUCAUCGUGGAGAUAAACCAGAAAUGUGUGAGAUUUGUGGCAAAUGUUUCGUUGAUGUCUCGUCUAAAAAUGGACACAAGAAAUUCCAUGCAGUUGAUAAAAAGUUCAAAUGCACCUAUUCUGACUGUAAUUUCAAGUGUAUCAAGAAGAAAGCCUUCCUGGAGCACCUCAGUCUUAUGCAUAUAAACAAGGGUGAGAAGAAAUUCCAGUGCCAUCUAUGUAACUACAGAGGUGCCAUGAAAGGCAACUUUACUAAACAUCUAAGGACAGUGCACAAACUGCAGGUUAUCACAAAGCAAAAACUAUCUCAACCUAAACUAAACAGGGAAACAGAAGAUUUGAACAGUGCAGUUGUUAUCACUAAAGAUGGGACUGCAGUCUCUCUAAGCAACCAUGAUAAUUCGGAAACUACACAUAUGAUGAAAGAUGUGACAGAAGCUUCAUCAGAUGAGAAUGCGUAUAUUGAAACUAUUAUGGAACCUGAAGAUAUUUCUUCACAGAAUGAACAAGGUUAUCAAGAAACCGUUAUAAAAGAAUCUGAUUCAGAGUCAGAAAGAAAUGACUCCCAAGUUGGUCUGAGUUUUAUAAAUCAAGACGGAACGGUGUAUAGGUCAUAUAGGAUAAGUGAAUUGAAAGAAUUAUUGCUAUUAGAUAAAGAGGGAGCAUCAGAUAUUUUAGAUGCUACCAACAUGGAAAAUACAUUGGUUGAUGUCCAUGUAGAGGGGCAGUCAAACCUUCAGUCAGCCCUUUGCAUCGGUGAAGACCUGGAAUGAUGGCACUGUGAACUCUAGUUGUGAACCAUCCAGACAUUAUAGAUGGUGUUAAUGUUAUUGAAAGCCAACAUUCUCUGGAAUAGGCUACCUUAAAAGAUAUGAAAUAAAUAUAUACCUGUAACACACAAAAACUGAGCUGGCCAAUAAGUUCUUUGACAUUUGUCAAAUUACCAAGGUACAAAGAGGUAGUUAUCCCUUUCAAAAUGAACGGAUUCUCAUCAAGCAUGCAAGUUGAUCCCACAUAAUCUUUGGGCAAAUAGUGUCGAAUAGGUGUUAUUAUCAGAUGAAAUUUCAAAGGAGCACGUAGGUUAUCGCAAACAAUUUCAGACAGUUAUAUCUUGGAUUAUGACCUCAU